AGAGGGGGGAAUCAUUUGACUCGAGCGAGAGUGGUCACAGUAAAGAGUUGAAGCCGUGCCGCUGACGCAACGCCGCUGCCCGCCGGAAUAUUCUUCUUCCUCUGAGGAAAUCUGUUUAGGCUCAGAGUGUGGGAUAUGCCUUAUAAAGUUCGUGAAAAUCUGUUAAUUGGGAACAUCAGUGAUGCUGCUGAGAUUCUUCGGCAAGGCAGUGAACAGAUUACACACAUACUAUCAGUUCUUAGUUCUGCUUCAGUUUCAUUUUUCACUGAAUGGCGUAAUGAUAUCAUGAUCCCGGCCCAGGAGAUUCGUAAGGUGUAUUUUGGAGGUAAUGGAUCAGAGGGAAAUGUCACUGCUGAGUCUAGCACUUCUCUAUCACACCAGAAGCUUCUAUACUCAUUGGAGUAUGCUGGGAAGGAUCUAAAGUUUGUGAGGAUGGCAGUCGCUUUAAGGGAUAUGGAGAGUGAGAAUUUGCUGGAUUAUUUGGAAGUGUGUUUGGAUUUCAUUGAAGAAGGUAGAAAAAAAGGGUGUGUGCUAGUGCAUUGUUUUGCUGGUGUCUCAAGAAGUGCAGCCAUGGUUACAGCAUACUUAAUGAGGUCUGAGCAGCUAUCAUAUAAAGAUGCAAUUGAAUCGUUAUCUCAAAGCUGCGAUUCUAUUUGCCCCAAUGAUGGUUUUGUAGAUCAGUUGAAAAUGUUUGAAGAAAUGGGCUUCAAGGUUAAUCAUGCCAGUUCCAUAUACAAACGGUUUCACUUAAAAAAAUUAGGUCCAGUUCCUUACCAUAUUCGUCUUUCCACAUAUUUAUACUCCCUCCGGCCCUCAAAGAUCUUCUUUCUUUGACUUCACGGAGUUUAAAAAAUGUUGAAACGUGAAAAGUGUGGUAAAUAGUGUGUAGAAGAUAGAUUUUUUGAGUCACAUAUUCAUUUCAUUUAAUGAAAAUGAGAAAAGUUGGAAGUUGAUUUUGGGACAUCCCCAAAAGGAAUAGAGAAGAUCUUUGCGGGACGGAGGAAGUAUGUAGAUAUUUAUGAUUUUCUUCUGUCAAUGUCUAGUAUGCAUGUUAUUAAACACACUAGUUGCUU